AUGGAACUGACACCAGACUGCUGCAUGUCGGGAUGCGUACACUGUGUUCUCCAGAUUUACGUCGACGAUAUGGAGGAAUACAACGAUGCGUUUGAUGCGGCGCGGGCCGCGCUCGAACACAAGAAUAUUCCGCGUGGACGAUGGCCCAAGGUCAUGGACGAGGUGGAUGACGCCGUUGAGGCGCCAAAGAUGGACCCCACAAUGUCUGCAUUCGCUGCACUCGAGGCCAAGCUUGCUGGCAAGGCUGCGCCACCACCAAAACCCAGGUCCAAACCGGCUAUUGAUCCGGGCGUCGCAGCGUUCAUGGCGCUCGAGGCCAAGAUCAAGAACAAGCACAAGAGCGAGGCGUAA